AAACCAUCCAGCAACUUGUCCGAAACGCUUUGGGGAAGUCAGAGAAGCCAUGGGACAAGACUCCGUGGACCGAGAUAGCGUUUUCUCCAACUACAAGUCUGUCUUCUCCAGGCAAUUUGCAGUGUCUUUGGCCGUGGAGUUCAUUGGGGUGAUGUUCUUCCAGAUUUUGGGUGCAACUGCCAAGAAAGGAAUGGAGCCAUGGGUCAACGCGUUGGCCUUGGCUGUCUGGAUUUACACAGCUGCCAACAUCUCUGGUGGGCAUUUGAACCCAGCAGUGACUCUUAGCAUGGCCUUUUGUGGCUUCUUUCCAGUGGUGCACUCAGUUGUGUAUGUGAUCCUGCAGAUUGUUGGUGCUAUUUUGGGCGCGGUGAUCACAGCCUUUUUGGUGCCUGGUGCAUCGUUGCAGAUGGGCGAUGGAGGUCCAGGAUGCUUUGAUAGAACCAUCAUCCCAGAAGGCAUUAGCGACAGGCAGGUCAUGUGGUGGGAAUGCAUCAUGACUUUCACUUUGAUCUCUUGCGUCUAUGCCUGUGGUGUGGCAAAGCCUGGUCAUGGCAGCCACACGCCACUGGUGGUUGGCUUUGCCCUGUUUUGUUGUGCUGGCUCUGGUGGUCAGUACACCGGCGGUGCAUUGAACCCUGCCCGUGUCUUGGGCCCUUUGGCGGCCUUUGGUUGCGGAGAUGGCAUUGUCAGGAAGUACCUUGCUGGAGAGUGCUUGGCCGCGCUGUUUGCCAUGUCUGUCUUUGCCUUUGUUUCAGGCUUGGGACCUUUGAACCCUUGGAUGGCCAGAAGAGCUUUGAAUUUGUCCAUUCCAGAAUCUUACUACUUGUGGAUCACUGGAUCCCCACCUGCGCGCUUGCAGAAGACUGGUAGGGAGAACAUCAACGAUUUCAUGACAAAGUUCCAAAAGUUCCACUCUGAAGCCGAUGAGGAAGAUGCCGCUGAAGCCAAGGAAGAGAGCAGUUUCUUGGAGCGAUUCUUUGGAGUCAAGCGCCGUCAGGCAAAAGCGGCCGUGUCUGACUCUGAGGCCCUUGCCUGAGGGAUCCUGAGUUGCUGGCUAAAGUUUUGAGCACGGCUGGACAAGUGUUGGCCAACUUUCAAAGAAAAGUCAUUUUAUCCCUGAAACUUGGAAAACACAGAACAGAAGGAUCAAUCUACCUAGUGAUUCGAAGCAUUGUAACUGCCGGACAUCGAGGAAACACCUUGGCCGCUGUGCGCAUUUAGUUCUAGAUGCCAAACAAUGGCAUUAUGUUAUGCGGCAUUGUGCGGCAUUAUUUCUGCAGUCGCUAAGCACUGUGCAUUUCUCUCUUGGCCUCGGAAGGCAUAAUUCGAUGAGAAGGAUCCGCAAGCGAUGCUUCUUUUGCGAGCGCAGUUCUCUGCGCUCGCACCAGAUUAUUGCUCGCAAAACGUCUGUGAGAGACAUACCUUGGAAGUUUGUGGAUCAUG